CAGCCAAUAGACGCGAGCACUUCUGGUGCUGGUGUUGUGGUUGUUGAUGGGCGAGGAGAGGCUGGCUGGGGUGAGCGAGGGACGGGUGCUGGCGCGGUGCAGGCAGUUUCAAGAAUUCUGCAGAGAAACUGCAAGUGUGAAGUUUUAUAUUUGAACAAUGGCAGGCAAUGAUAGUGUUGACAUCCUGAACUCGGCUUACCUGGCUGUGGAAUACAUCGACUCUUUCUUGCCUGACAAUCCACUGCAGCAACCAUUUAAAAAUGCUUGGAACUAUAUGCUGGACAAUUACACCACAUUCCAGAUUGCAACCUGGGGAUCACUUCUAGUUCAUGAACUUGCAUACUUUUUGCUCUGUUUACCUGGAUUUUUAUUUCAGUUUAUACCUUGUAUGCAAAAGUAUAAAAUUCAGCAGGAUAAACCAGAAACAUGGGAGAAGCAGUGGAAGUGUUUAAGAACACUUCUCUUCAAUCACUUUUGUAUUCAGCUUCCCCUGAUAUGUGGUACCUACUAUUUCACAGAGUACUUCAAUAUCCCUUAUGACUGGGAAAGGAUGCCAAAAUGGUACAUACUACUUGCCCAAUGUUUUGGAUGUGCAGUGAUUGAGGAUGCCUGGCACUAUUUUCUGCAUAGACUCUUGCAUCACAAGAGAAUAUACAAGUACAUCCAUAAAGUUCAUCAUGAGUUCAUAUCUCCAUUUGGGAUGCAAGCAGAGUAUGCACAUCCUCUGGAAACGCUUAUCCUUGGAGCUGGUUUUUUCAUUGGCAUUAUUGUUUUCUGUAACCAUAUGAUUCUUUUGUGGGCGUGGGUAAUAUGUCGCUUAAUGGAAACCAUUGAUGUACACAGUGGCUACGAUAUUCCUCUGAAUCCUCUGCAUUUAAUACCCUUCUAUGCUGGGGCUCGUUUUCAUGAUUUCCAUCACAUGAACUUUAUUGGCAACUAUGCUUCAACUUUCACAUGGUGGGAUAAAAUCUUUGGUACAGAUUCUCAGUAUGUUUCAUAUCAAAAGAAAGAGAAGAAUCAAGAACUGUCGACAGAAAAGAAGUCCAAAUAAACUUCCCACAGCAAAUUGCUUCCAUCUUUCUUUCGGGCUAAAACUGGUAAUUAACUCAUGAUAAAAAAUUAUAGCGACAUUUUGCUUUUAAGUAAAGCAAAAGUUAAGCUUGUUCCUUGGCUACAAAGUGGUAGAGAAAAUUCUUAAUUACAUUGUAUUAUCUUCCUAAUGGGAAUACUUUUCUAUUUUAUACAUAGCUCUAAAGUAUAUAUAUUCAGUACUUUAAGAUGAAUUUUAAAAUUGCAUAGGUGACUUGAAAGUUUUUGUCAUCUGUUCAAGAGUUUUGUUAAACUUUUUAAAAAGUUUAUCUAUAAUGUUGCCCCAUUUGGAUUCAGAUAGAAUUACGUACAUUACAAUAUACUGAAAUUGGACUUGUAUUUGUAUUACAGCUUUAAGAUUAAAAAACAGUAACCCCAUUAAAACUGUGGUAGUCGCUAUAUUUAAACCUUAAGCAAAUGGAAAGAAUUUGAUUUGGAAACCAAAAUACCAUAAGUUGAUAAGGAGGUUGGACCAGCCAUUUGCACACUGAAUAAUGCAAGCUAUUAAUUCUAAAAGAGCUGGCUGUAUGUUCAGAAACAUUCCUGACAUUAGUGCGGUGUAUUAUUUUAGGGGUAGAAAAGGGUUUUGGUUUUACUUGAAGCCUUUUUUGCUGCUCUUUGAGUUAGUCGGUGUUCUUAGCAUUUACAUUACAUUUCCUUCUGUGUGUUGUAAUUUGCUAAACUGACUUGUUGCUAGAUUUGCACUUGUGGAUUACAAACUACAAUAAAUGUGUUGA